GGAAUCCUGAGUCCCCAGAGGUGGCCGGAAAGUUAAAGGGGGCAGAGCGGCCGCGGGGAGCUGGAGUCCCGGGUAACUGCCAGAGGUAGGAGGCGAGCGCACCGCUCUUGCCUACGGACUGACGCGGCCGCCCGCUGGGGGCGCGAACCCGAGACUGGCGCCCGGCUCCUGCCAUCGCUACUGCUGUCCCUGUUCCCCCGCCACCACCGCCCAGCGGGCGGAUGCUGCCGCAGGCUGGCACGUCUGCCCUCGGGACUUAUGAGCUGAACCCGGAUUCUAGCCUAUUCAUCUAGCUCCAUGAUGGCUGUGGAUAUCGAGUGCAGAUACAACUGCAUGGCCCCUUCCUUGCGUCGAGAGAGGUUUGCCUUUAAGAUCUCACCAAAGCCCAGCAAACCACUGAGGCCUUGUAUUCAGCUGAGCAGCAAGAAUGAAGCCAGUGGAAUGGUGGCCCCGGCCGUCCAGGAGAAGAAGGUGAAAAAGCGGGUGUCCUUCGCAGACAACCAAGGGCUGGCCCUGACAAUGGUCAAAGUGUUCUCAGAAUUUGAUGACCCGCUAGAUAUCCCAUUCAACAUCACCGAGCUCCUAGACAACAUUGUGAGCUUGACGACAGCAGAGAGCGAGAGCUUUGUUCUGGAUUUUUCCCAGCCCUCUGCAGAUUACUUAGACUUUAGAAAUCGACUUCAGGCUGACCAUGUCUGCCUCGAGAACUGCGUGCUCAAGGACAAGGCCAUCGCAGGCACUGUGAAGGUUCAGAACCUUGCAUUUGAGAAGACCGUGAAAAUAAGGAUGACAUUUGACACCUGGAAGAGCUACACAGACUUUCCUUGUCAGUAUGUGAAGGACACUUACGCCGGUUCAGACAAGGACACGUUCUCCUUCGACAUCAGCUUGCCCGAGAAGAUUCAGUCUUAUGAAAGAAUGGAAUUUGCUGUGUGCUACGAGUGCAAUGGACAGACACACUGGGACAGCAACAGAGGCAAGAACUAUAGAAUCAUCCGGGCUGAGUUAAAGUCUACCCAGGGAACGACCAAGCCCAACAAUGGACCGGAUUUGGGAAUAUCCUUUGACCAGUUUGGAAGCCCUCGGUGUUCCUAUGGUCUGUUUCCAGAGUGGCCAAGUUACUUGGGAUACGAAAAGCUAGGGCCCUACUACUAGUGACUGCAGGUGACAGGGCGUGGCGGAGCUGCUGCAGACAAGCCUAGCUCUGCUCACUGCGCAGUGGAGAUGGAAGGCCAGGGAAGAGCAAAGUGGGACUUCCAUGAGGCCCAGUUUUGGAAAAUCAAAGGAUCCUCUUUACUUCAUAAACCAGCAAAUCCAGCCAGGUUCAGAUUACACAACCGGUGUCGCACUCAAAGGAGUGGUGGUGGCUGGCACGCUUUGGCACUGUGGCAGCCACGAGUGUCUGUGCAGGUCAGUGCUGGAAAGGGAACCAAGCCUGUGCCAGUGCUGAUGAAGCUGGAGGAGUCUCUCUUCUGCUCUUCAAUCAGAUGUGGGACAUCAGUCGCUGAAAGCCGCUCAGCCCCUGCCGCCUCCUGUCGGACCCUCACUGUUCGUCGUGUUCAUCUUUGGGUGCUUUCUGCUAGCCAGGCCUUUCCUGCAAGCUGCUGCAGGUCCCCCGUCUACGUGUACUUCAUGCUUUUUCUCUGCACUGUGACACACUGACCUGAUGCAUAUUUCUAAUGCAACUGCAGAGGAGAAAUGAGAUUGGUUCCUGUUUUCUGCACGUUCAUCUUUUGCAUUUGAUGUUCAGGAAAAGAUGAUAAAGGCAAAUUAGCUUGUGAUUGAAACAGGCAUUUCCUCUCCCCUCUUCUUGGCCCUGUAGAUUAUUCCAGCGGAGAGCAACACACCAGUCAUCAAAAGCCACUGGCUCCUGGGCAGUGUCACAGAGUGCGGGGCUCUGACAAGGCAGGACGGUCAUGAGUGGGGACACUUUCAGCUUCUCCUAUUGCCUUCUGAGAGGAGCUCUCCAAGUCCCCACAUUUCCCCUGAGUUGCUGGAAGGCUCAGUGACAAGAUUUGUUUUAACUUGCUUGGCUGGUUUGUCUCAUUCUUUAUGAAAGAAUUUUGGAUCUCCCUUCCUGAAGAGUCAUCUUUUCUGCUGUGUUUCGGACAUUUGAUUUGCAGAUCCAAUAUCUCCUCGAAGCCUUCAGAAAAUGGUUUUAUUUUGACUGUGAUUUACAAUAUCUAGAACAUUUUACCAGCACCCAGGGACACGGAUUUGGGUGUUCUUAUUUAUGGUGUGUGAAUAUGUAAAGGGAUAAGGGAGAAAAACCUCACCCAAGGUGUUAUACAUUAUUUUAAAUGUUUGCCAUCUCUGAAAUUUCAGAGAUUAAUUGUUCUUAACCAUAUUGGACUAAAGUCUGUUGGUUAGUGCUGUUGUAAAAGAGACCUCCGGGGCUCACGCCUGUUAUCCUAACACUUUGGGAGGCCAGGACGGGUGGAUCACCUGAGAUCAGGAGUUUGAGACCAGCUUGGCCAACAUGGUGAAACCCCAUCUGUACUGAAAAUACAAAAUUUAUCCAAGUGUGAUGGUGGGCGCCUGUAAUCCCAGCUACUUGGGAGGUUGAGGCAGGAGAAUCAUUUGAACCCAGGAGGUGGACGUCGCAGUGAGCAGAGAUCAUGCCACUGCACUGCAGCCUGAGCGACAGAGUGAAACUGUGUCUCAAAAAAAGAAAAAAAAAAAAAAAGAGAGACCUCCGGGACAUUCAUUUUCAGAUACAGCCCAAACCUGUGAUUUUUCUUGAGUAAGAUUGGUGUUUACUUAGGGGUGCUUUAAAAAUAUUUUUUUACAUGUAUAUUUGUAGGAAGUUGGAUUUUUUUUUUUCUAUUUUUGUUUUUGGAGUUUGGCUAAAUGACUCUUAUUUUCUGUUUGCCUGAUCUUACUAAAGUGAGAUCUUGCUUCCUAAGGCAAGCAAGAGGAGGAGUGGAAGCACAGUUGCCUGGAUUUGGAGGCACAGCUGUCAGGCUUUUCAAGCUAAGAGUCUUGUGCUUGGAUUUUCUAGAUUAAUUUGAAAAGACCUCUCAUAUGUGGCUUUGUACAUAACUAACAAACAGGCAGAUAUGGAGUGCCUUGCCUCCUAGAGCUUUGUGGUUGGGUUAGGUUGUUUUUGUUUUGUUUUUGUUUUUGUUUCUGAAGUUUAAAAUGCCUUGACUUUUUCGAUGAUCUUAAGUGCUGUUUCAUGUAAUUCUUAUUCCUAAAACUGGCUGUUCUUAGCCUGAAAUCUAAUGCUUUGCUUUUUGUACCUCUCCCAGGCAGGUAACACUCUAGGAUUACAAGAUAAUAUAAUUUUAGGGGAAAAAAUAUUUUUACCUUAUGCUGUUACUGGGCAGAACUAGGUUUUAUAUAGACAUACCAGACAUCAGGUACACAGACAGUACUUUAAAUGUUAUAAAUUUGGUGAUCAGAACUAUUAAUGGCAUAAAUCAUACAAAGAUGGAAACAAAACUGAUUUCAUGUGGGUCCUGAAUUUUACUUUAAGAAGUGCCCUCCCUGCAAUGCAGGAAAGGCAGAGUGUGCUGUCAUUGACAUGUUACCCAACUAAGGAUCAUUCUGUGCUCAUAAGAAAAAGGCCUCAAAGUGACUCUGUUUAAUAAAGUCAGUUUAAUUUUACCUAAUAAUGAUCUUAAGACAUUCCCAUGUCAAAAUUUGAAAUAUGGUAAUUCACUGAUAACUAUCUCUUCUAAAGCAGCCAUAAACCCUCUUUCUCUCAGCUCACACCAGGUUUUUUUUUUGCUGGGGGCGCUGGUUGCAAGCCCCCAGCCAGCACACCUGGGAUGCUCACCCCACUGCACAGUUCAGAAGGCAAGUCCUCACCUGCUUGCAAAGACCCCUCUUCUCCAAUAAAAGACUCUACUUGCCUGACUUUCCUCAUCAGGGCUGUCAUUCAGUGAUGUAUGCGGGUCUGAAGAAUACUGUCUUCUAUCUGGCUUCUGUUUACCACUUGUUCCCCUACUAUCCUCCUGCUGGAAACAGUCUUUUUCCUUUUGUCUCCGUUCUGUCCCAUGAAAUUCUCAGAUGGCCUCAGGAGCUGCACCAAUGGAUUCUCUCCCUGUUUGAUAGCUCAUCAUCAGUAGAUAAGCCUACAUAGUUCAGAGGGUGACAGGUUUCUUAGUUGGAGACUUCACUGCAGCCUGACUUGUAGGUUUAUCUUCAGACAGAUCUUGGUUAUGGUAACAAGUGGACCCCGAGUCCCAGAAUCUUUUCCCAUUGCCCCAGAAAGACCAGCCACUUGUCACAGGUGCAGUUGUCCAGGAAUAGGGAAGCAACUUCAGUUUCGUUUUGUAUUUAUUCCCUCAAGUGCCCUGGGGAGCAUUUGCAAAUUGGGAACAAUAAAUAAGCUGGAUUCUAUACAGAUAUUUAAUAAAUAAGCUUUCAGCAUCUCUUGGAAGACAUGAAGAAUUUCAGUGGGUUUCUUUAUUUAAAAAGUUAGUUAUUGGUCUACAGGAGCUGGUGAGAAAUAAUGGAGCUGUGCAUUUCUCCAGAAAUUAAAACAGUUUCAGAGUCAGUGGCAGAAUUUAUUUUACCACUAAGAUUUCAUUUUAAUGGUGGUAAAAUAUGAUACAUUUUUAGAAGAUGUAAAUUUGGAACUGUUAAAAGAAUGCUCUGUGGUUUGAUCUUUUCAAACCAUUUUCUUUUUGAAAAUAGCAUUAGUUGUGGUCACAUGGACAUUAAAUGGUAGAUAUAUGUUUAUCAAUCAAAAAAGUGUUCACUUUUUUGGAAGUGCCCAUUUUCUGGAUCUUCCCUCUCAAUGGAUAGGGAAUGAAAACCUUGGUUGCCUUGUUUCCUCUUUUAAAAUUUCUCACCCAAAUGUCGUUCUGGGAGAGUUCCGAUCACGUCUCCUGACAUGAUCACUGAAAUUGGAGAUAAGAAGUUACAUGGAUGAUGGGAUCUUGCAGGGUCUCACGAAGACAAUUUGACAGCUUAAUUUCCUACAGUGAGACACAUCUGGAACUGGGAAGGACAGCUGUUGUUAUGGGCAGUUUUUCCUGGCCAUGGUUGUAAAGCCGUGAAUGUUUUCGGUCUUGUUGAUGAGAUUUUAGAGACUGCUGGACCUCUGAGGGCUUUGGGAAUGCAGCUGUGAUGAUGUUUCACUUUUACUUCAAUGUGAAUGUAGAACCAAGGACUCAUCUUCAUUUUAUACCAAAAAGUGCCUUGUCAAGAAAUUUCUGCAUAUUUUAAAAGAUAAAUAUUUUUGUACACAAAGUUCAAGGGGAAAUGCACUUUAAAAAUCACAAGAAUGGAUGUUUUUUUGUGUGGUAUGAGAGAUUUGUUUGUAUCUCAAAAGCAAAAAUGUAAUAAAGGUAGACAAAACAAAA